AUGCGUGGCGGUGGAUAUCGGGGCGGUCCGCGGGGUCGUGGUGGGUUUGUGGCUGGACCUUCAUUCCCUAUGCGUCCACCUCCAUUCGACGUCCACCUCGCCAACGAUGUGUUCGUUCGAAUUAACGAGAAUAACGACACUCAGCUUACUCAGGAUGUUGUAGCGCGAGCCACUGCUCUUACUCCCACCGAUUCUGAACGAGCUACAGUGGCUGCGUUGGUUCUCAAAGUAAAAGCAGCUAUAGACAAAGUAAUAGCCACACCAGAUUGCGUCCCUGGAGUG